AUGUCUGCACUCAAGAUUGUCAUCUUUGGAGUGACCGGCAACCAGGGUGCGUCAGUCGCCCGCGCGUUGCUUGCCGACGGUGCUCGGUUCAGCGUCUAUGGUAUCACUCGCAACCCAGACAGCAAUUCGAGUAAGAAAAUGGCCUCCGCCGGCGUCAACCUCAUCACCGGCGACCUCGACAACCCAGCUACGUACGAGAGUGCACUCAUGGGCGCGCACGGCGUAUUCAUCAACGCAAACUUCUGGGCACACUACAAGGGCAAUAACUCGGACGAGGCUGCCGAGGCCGAACAGCGCCAGUCCACCGAGGCCGUCAAAGCCGCCGUGCGCGCCAAGGUCCGCCAUGUGGUGUACUCGACACUUGAGUCUUACCUCCCUGACCAGCCCCUCCCUCACUUUGACGCCAAGGCGAAAGUUACCGAGUACAUGAAGAAGAACGACGUUCCCGCCACCCAGCUGUACACUUCAUACUUUUUCAGCAACCUACUCAUGGCCCAGACUAGCGAAAAGGAUGGCAAGACGAUCAUCAGCUUCCCCCUCCCGGACGACACGGUGCUGCCGGGUUUCAACGUCGAGCAGAUCGGGUUGUGGGUGCGCGCUGCGUUCCGUGACCCCGACACUUGGAUUGGCAAGGACAUGUACGCGUCCGGCGACAACAUUACGGUUGCUGGGAUAGCCAAGGUCUUGUCGGAAGUCAGCGGAAAGCCGUUCGACACGGAACACCACACGCGUGAGGAAUUCCUUGCUCUCAAGGACAAGAUGGACCAUGAGUUGUGGCUCAACUACUUCGCGUUCCUCAAUGGCAAAAUGAAGCGCGAUCCCGCCGAGAGUCGCAAGAUUGUGCCGGAAGCACAGGACUUCAAGGCCUAUGUGCAGUCCACACCUGCCAUUCGCGAGCACUUUGGCUUCUGA